AUGAGCUGUCACCCUACUCUCAUCAAGAUACAGACCCUGCUUACAUUUUUUGUUGGACCUAUUCUUCUGGGUCUACUAAUAGGAGGAGUCGUUGGUGGCACUCUCUCCAAGACACACCAGACGAGAUUUGCUUUCACACGACACCGUCACCUUCUUCCAUCAGACCAUACCUUUUCUUACCUCGAUUCUUCUAGCAUCCCACCUGAGUCAGAUUCCGUUUCGCCCAACGCACCUCUGUAUUACGAGGUGAAUUGCCACGGUGUUACGCGCCACACAGUAUGCUAUAGUGUUUACCGGUGUAAUUUUUCUGACGCUAUUCUUGACGCCCCCAGGACAAUGCGCUUUUCUGGCCGGCGACAAGCCCAGUAUGAAAUCGAUUUCUGGGAGGAUCCUCGAGUGCUGGAGUACAUACUCCACAGUACACGUGGCACACAGAUUGACGGAUACGAUAGUACCGAAGCUAUUCUAUUGGGAUUUACUAACGUAGGUUCUGAGGAGAUUGUUCUCCGGGGGCUGUCUCCAAGCGGCGACCUGGCGUUAGAGCAGCAAAUUCCUGUGUCAGGCUCGAUCUAUGUGGACUACUCUGCCUAUUCUGGGGUUGUGCUAUCGUCGGCAACGCGAUCAGUGACCGUAGAUAUAACUAACAUCCCAACGAUAAAGUCUGCAGGCUGCUCUCUCCUUGCCACUGUGGAGACUCUGUGUGCGGAUAACAAACGGAUCAGAGCGCCUGUGUCUUUGACCCUCCAAGACCUAAGCUCAGACGAGGACGAAAGUAACAAUGCUGAUGCUUCUUUUAUUCUAUUUAAGGAUUCAAUAGCAGCCAAUCAGUUUGAUAAUGGAGUCAUGCUGUCUCUCAAUCUGACCUCUGAGGGGUCACUGUUGCGAUGGGAAGUGAUACUAAUUGCAGUGACGCUUGGGAUAGUUGGGUUUUUCGCUCUCCACUGCUCCUCCUGCACUAUUAUUAACUUACUCUACAGGACGUCAGACCCCGUGGCAGCUCAUCAUGGUAUGGGUACGCUAGAUAAAAACGAAGUAUCGCAUCUCUUCACAGAAGCAGACUCAUACAGCUCCGGGCCAUAUGCAUGA